CUUCCUGGUCCUUCCUGAUACAGGGUGGCCAUUGGGGUUCUCAGUACGUGUCAACCUGGUGACACCAGAUCCGUCACCUCAGUGAGGAGUGAAGGGAGUACCUGGGAUCGGCUUACUAAUUCAAGGGCCCGAUGAAUUAUUCACACGGCCGUUUCCUUAGAGGCCCUCCACCCUCACCUCUCUCUCCCCUCACAGACCCUUGGAUCCUGACCCCUGAAUUCAGCCUUGGUGAGGGACCCCCAGUGAGGAGAUGCUAGCUGAGCUGGGGGCCUAUCUAUCGCUGGCAAUGGGACUGCUGUGCUCAGGUCCCGGGACCCAAGCCAUGGAAGGAGUCAAGUGCGGGGGAGUGCUCUCGGCACCAGCUGGGAACUUCUCCAGCCCAAACUUCCCAAGUCUGUAUCCCUACGACACAGAGUGCAGCUGGCUGAUCGUGGUGGCCGAGGGGUCCUCGGUGCUGCUCACCUUCUACACCUUCGACCUGGAGUACCACGACACCUGUGGCUUUGACUUCCUGGAGAUCUACAACGGGGCCUCUGGAGACAAGGGCAAUCUUCUGGGCAGGUUCUGUGGCCAGGUGCCCCCGCCCCCCUUCACCUCCUCCUGGCACGUGAUGUCUGUUGUCUUCCACUCAGACAAGCAUGUGGCCAGCCGAGGCUUUUCUGCAGGCUACCAAAAAGAUGUGUGCGGUGGUGUCCUGACUGGCCUGUCGGGGGUCCUCAGCAGCCCCGAGUACCCCAACAACUAUCCCAACAAUGUGGAGUGCCACUGGCUGAUCCGUGCCUCGGGGCCUGCUGCUGUCAAGCUGGUGUUCGUGGACUUCCAGGUGGAGGGCAGCGAUGAAUGCAUGUACGACUACGUGGCUGUGCUUGGAGCCCCUGGCCCUGCCCGUGGGCAUCACUACUGUGGCCGCACCAGGCCCCCCACCCUUGUCUCCCUGGGCCAUGAGUUGCAGGUGAUCUUCAAGUCUGACUUCAACAUUGGAGGCCGGGGCUUCAAGGCCCACUACUUCUCAGGAGAAUGCCAGGAGGUGUUCACGGCUGUGCGUGGAAACUUCUCCAGCCCACAGUACCCUGGCUUCUACCCCAACAAUAUCCGGUGCCACUGGACCAUCCGCCUGCCCCCCGGCUACCGGGUCAAGGUCUUCAUCCUGGACCUGGGCUUGGAGGAACCCAACAGUCUGACCAGCACCUGUGACUUUGACCACCUGGCAGCCUUUGAUGGGGCCAGCGAGGAGGCACAGCUGCUGGGAAAGUGGUGUGGUCAUCACCUGCCACCACCCGUCACCUCCCGUCACAACCAGCUCCUGCUUCUGCUGCACACGGACCGCAGCACCUCUGGCAGGGGCUUCUCUGUGGCCUACAUUGGAGUGGUACCCAUGAAUGUGAGCUGUUCCCGCACGGACUUCCAGAUCCUGAUCUCUGCCCAGGCACUGGCCCCACUGGAGCGGACCAAGGUCUACCUGGGCAGCCGGAGCUGUGCUGCCCAGGAAGUUGGUAGCAACUUCCGGAUCCAGGCCCGCUUUGACACCUGCGGUACCGAGUCUCAGAGAAGAAACAACACCUCCAUGAUUGUCAGCGUGCUGUACAUCGACUUCUCUGACGCCGGGCAUGAGGACAUCCAUGAGUACGAGGUGCGCUGUGAGCCCAGGCGCAAGGAGGCGUCCGCCCACUUGCUGUCAGGUUCUCACUGGCUCGGGCCCUAUGCUGCCACUGCUGAGCAUCUGCAGGAAGCGCCAUCCGGGGAUGGGGCAGAGGUCCUGGAGGGCUCAGGGACUGCGGUGGCCCAGGACACCAGUGACAUCGUCUUCCUGGGCCUUUGCAUCCUGGCUGGAGUCCUUAUGAUCAUUGCCAUUGUGGUCCUGAUGCUGCUGUAAGCAGGAAGAGAGCAGCUUGGGGACCUACAGCAGGGCAGGACGGGAGAGGGGGAAGGCUGUGGACAUGUUCGUGACCAUGGGCACAUCACGUUCCUCUUUGAGCCCCUGUUUCCUAUGGGUCACUGCUCUGCCCUGAUCAUCACAGGGCUCUGAGAAAAGUCUGUGUGGGCAAGGGCUCUGGAGACUGUCACAACUGCUGUUAUGUUAUUAAUUUUGAGGGUAUAUUCUGCUACAGGAAAGCAUGCUCCCAUACGUGUUUCUUGUGAGCUUGGAUAGUUGGUGCCACUAGUGGCAGUGUGACUACAACAGACUCAUUCUGUUCUUCACCGACUCAGGGUACAAACGAGCAGCUCUCGGUUUCUCAGACAGGCCUUCAUUAGCAGGGUGUCCAGUAUCGGUUCAGGGCUUCAUCCUCCUGAAUCGACUUGUGAGAUGACUCUAUCUAAGGAACUCCAACUCAGCCUCUAGGAACCGGGAAGAGAGCAGAGGCUCCGGCUAGUACUGCUGUUUCAGCCCCUGCCACACCAUGUGUGAAGACCGGUCUGUGCAUCCUAGUGGAUGCUUGCCCAUAGAGGUGGAAAUGCCUCCUGGGUCCGGUUCCUAUAGACACCAGGUAGGCUGGGCAGCAUGCCCUGAGGGGAAGCUCUAGAUGAGGGGGUGUUGCUUUUAUGUUGGGACUUUUACUUGAAUGUCUUGGGCUCUUUGGCCACUGAAGUCCCACGUGUCUCCAUCCUGGCUCUGAUGUUCAUGACAGCAGCUUUUCCUCACUCAUCUGGUGAGCUCUCUCUGGAGCCCUCUGUACCUUUUCCUACUCUAGUCCCUUAGAGUUCCAGUCUCUCAGCUGCUCCAGUCACUCAGCUGCUCCAAUCACUCAGCUGCUCCAGUCACUCAGCUGCUCCAGUCUCUCAGCUGCUCCAGUCUCUCAGCUACUCCAGUCACUCAGCUGCUCCAGUCACUCAGCUGCUCCACUUCCCCAGAACUGCUCCAGUCCACCCACAAGAUGUUUCUAUGUUUCCAUCAGAUUAAAGGUGACUUCCUGUCCUUCCCUGUGGGGACCUCUAGGAUUAUUAUGGAAAUUAGCACACCCUUCUCCCUUCUCCAGAGCUCUACUUGGUAGCAAGAAGUGGAAUAAUCUUGUUAAUGAAAA